AUGCUUAGUUCGCGCAUACACGAACAUAAGCGGGCUGCCAGACGGGGUGACGCCUUGUCACAGGUGGCUGCCCACACCUACGAGACGGGUUACGAGUUUAACUUCGCAGCUGCGAGGGUAGUCGCCCACGCCGGCAUAAAGACAGGCCGAGAAUUGGUUGAAGCCUGGGCCUGGGCCUCGGAUGAGGACGCUGCCAAUCGAUUUAUCGAUAUGGCACCGGCAUACAUCGCCCUGUGCAGGCCUCUCCGGGCUGACGGAACUGGUGGUUGA